AUGGAUUCCCUGGUUCGACUGGGGGAACAGGCACUGGAGAUGGAUUCCCUGGUUCGACUGGGGGAGCAGGCACUAGAGGUGGACGCCCUGGUUCGUCUGGGCAGGCACUGGAGAUGGAUUCCCUGGUUCGACUGGGGGAGCAGGCACUGGAGUUGGAUUCCCCGGUUCGACUGGGGGAGCAGGCAGCCAGGUUCAGGUGGACAAGAUACAGCUUUUGGAGGCCCAGGAUCAACAGGUGGAUUUAGACCAGCAGAUGGGCGCCCUGGCUCAGCUGGGGGAGCAGGUUCAAGGGAUGGAAGCCCUGGUUCAACUGGGGGAGCAGGCACUAGAGGUGGACGCCCUGGUUCGACUGGGGGAACAGGCACUGGAGAUGGAUUCCCCGGUUCGACUGGGGGAGCAGGCACUAGAGGUGGACGCCCUGGUUCGACUGGGGGAGCAGGCACUGGAGUUGGAUUCCCCGGUUCGACUGGGGGAGCAGGCACUAGAGGUGGACGCCCUGGUUCGACUGGGGGAGCAGGCACUGGAGGUGGAUUCCCCGGUUCGACUGGGGAAGCAGGCACUAGAGGUGGACGCCCUGGUUCGACUGGGGGAGCAGGCACUGGAGAUGGAUUCCCUGGUUCAACUGGGGGAGCAGGCACUAGAGAUGGACGCCCUGGUUCGUCUGGGGUAGCAGGCACUGGAGAUGGAUUCCCUGGUUCGACUGGGGGAGCAGGCACUAGAGGUGGACGCCCUGGCUCAGCCGGCAGAGGCCAAGAAUCACUAGGCCCACAGGGUGGAUUCCCCGCAACACAAGGUGGCUUUCCCCGUCCCUCUGCAUCUGGACAACCUGGACAAAACAACUUGGGGCAAAAUGUUGCAGACUUCCCUAGACAGACUCAAGGACAAGGAGGAUUUGGUUCACCAGGUUUAUCUGGCAAUGCAAUAAGUCAGAAUGGAUUUGGUCCUGGGCAGAAUACUGGAGAUUCAGGUUUGGGCCAGGCACAAGGCAUUUCUGGCCCAGGAUUUGGCUCACAGGAACCAGGUCGUCCUACUGGCCAAAGCGGAUUAGGUCUGAGUCAACAGCAACCUGGACAGACUGGAUUUGGCUCAGCUCAGAGUGGUUUUGGUCCUCAGAAGCCUAGUUCUAGCCCAGGUCAAUCAGGAUUUGGUCAAGGUCAGAGAGGUUCCACCCCAGGGCAGAGUGGAUUUGGAUCUGGACAGACAGGAUUUGGACCAGGUCAGAAUCAGGCAGGUUUUGGUCUAGGUCAAAAUCAAAGACAGCCCGGCCCUGGUCAGAGUGGAUUUAGCUCUGGUCAGACAGGCUUUAAUCCUAACCAAAGAGGAUCUGCUCCUGGACAAAAUGACUUUGGGUCUGGUCAAGCUGCAUUUAACCCAAGUCAAGGACAGACAGGUUCUACACCAGCACAGGGUGGAAUCGGUUCUGACCAGACUGGAUUCUCGGGUCCUGGUCAAACUGGAACUAACCAAGGUCAAGGAUUUGGGACAGGUCAGACACAGACAGGAUUUGGACCAGGUCAGGCACAGGCAGGAUUUGGGCCAGGUCAGACACAGGCAGGAUUUGGACCAGGUCAGGCACAGGUAGGAUUUGGGCCAGGUCAAACACAGACAGGAUUUGGGCCAGGUCAAGCACAGACAGGAUUUGGGCCAGGUCAGACACAAACAGGAUUUGGGCCAGGUCAGACACAAAUAGGAUUUGGGCCAGGUCAGACACAGACUGGAUUUGGACAAGGUCAGCAGCAGACAGGAUUUGGGCCAAGCCAGAACCAAAUUGGUUCUACUCCUGGACAAAGUGGUUUUGGAUCAAGUCAGACAGGUCCUGGUUUAGGCUUUGGUACAGGACAGACACAGACAGGCUCUACUCCAGGUCAAGGUGGAUUUGGUUCUGGACAAGCAGGGUAUUCAGGCCCAGGUCAGACUGGAUCGGGACAGAGUCAGCCAACCUUUGGCACAGGGCAGACACAAACAGGAUCUACCCCAGGUCAAGAUGGAUUUGUUUCAGGUCAGACUGGAUUUGGACCUGGGCUCAACCAAGCAGGUCAAAGACAGACAGGAUUUGGUUCAGGCCAGGGUCAAGUAGGAUCUAGCCCAGGAGUUGGACCAACACAGGACAGUCAACGUGGAGGUCAAUCUGGUCAGAGUGGUUUUUCAAGCCCAGGUCAAACUGGCACAGAUCCAAGUUAUCCAGGAAUUGGUAUAGACCAGACAGCCUUGGAUCAACGCAGGCCAAAUCAGAAUGAAGGGAAUGCUGGUCUAAGACAAAAUACAAAUUUGGGGCAAGCAGUUCCUGAUGGAUUUGGUCCAAUUCAGGGUCAAGGCCAGCCUGGUUUUAUAAAUGGACAGGUCCAAUCUGAUUAUCAACCAGCUCAAGGACAAAGUCAGGGAGGAAUAGGUCAAAAUCAGUUACAAUUUGAUACUGUGCCAGGGCAAAAUCAGGGUGGAAUAGGUCAAAACCAAGGGCAAUUUGGAAUAGGUCAGGGCCAAGAUCAAGGAGGAUACAGUCCAGACCAAGGUCAAGCUGGGGUAAAUGUUGGACAAGGUCAGAAUCAGAUUAAUCCAAAUCAAGGGCAGGGAGGACUUGGUACAGGCCCCGGACAGUUUGGCCAAAGGGAAAUUGUUGCAGGCCAAACACAACCAGGAUUUGGCCCUGGUCAGGACCAAAAUGAAUACCAGUCAGAUCAACAGCAAACCGGUUUUGGCCCUGAUGUUUCAAGCCAGAGUGGCCAGGGAUUGCCAAACUUUGGUACUGAUUUGAACCAAGGUAAUGUUGGUCUUGGUGUCAGUAAUGUAAUCCAGGAUGGAAUCAGUAACCAAGGAUCAACUAGACAAACAGGAGGCUCUCAGGGACAGGACACUGGGUAUAAUUAUCCUACUCCAGAUACAAGCCUCUUCCUUGGCUCUGGCCCUGCACAAGCAGACUUUGGAACAGCAGGCAUUGAUGGUAUUCUUGAUGUGCAGGAUUUGAAUCAAGGUGAAAUUUUACUCAUAGAUGAUCAGGAUUCUUUUGACACUAGUUACCAAGGUGAAGGUGGUUUCCAACAACCUGGUCAACAAACUGACAUUGGCAACACUGUUACGUCUGGAAAUCUGAAUGAGCUUUUAUUAAUCGAGAACCAGGACCCAGCUAUCAACACUGGAAAUGUCCAAGAUGAAAUCAUUGUCCAACACUCUGGAACUCCAACUUCAGGUAGUAAUUUAAACAAUUUUGAAAACACUGCUCUUCUGACUGGAAAUACAGGUACUAACGAUUUUAAUCCAAGUAUCCAAGGUAAUUCAGGAUAUCAGAAUGAACAAAUCCAAGGCAACCAAGUAUUCCAAGUAAAUAACAAUGCCCAGGGAAAUGAAAUACUCCUUACUGAUGAUAAUACAUCCAAUGUGGGAUUUUCAGGAAAUCAGAAUGUUGCAGAUGAAAAUGGAUACAGCUACCCAGAUCCAAGUUCAGUUUCCACAGGUACUUCAUUAAAUGACAACCAACAAACCUUUAGCAUAAAUGUUCCACUUCCACCCCAGUCACUUGAUCCCAUCACCUCUGGACUGCCUGCUGUCUCAGAUGAC